AUGGGUAAUUGGAAGCCCAGAGAAUUUGGCCCUACAAAUGAGGAGAUCUUUGAAUCCAACUUAGAGUAUGCUGAAUAGCAGAAUGACUUCGAGAGAAAGAAGCUGGAGACUUUAAAUCAAAUGGCUGAGGAUGAUCCAGAUCUAGAAGAAGACGAUGUCUUUGAGGAGUAUAGAAAGAAGAGAUUAGAGGAAUUGAAGGUGUAAAGUUCAAGACCAAGAUUCGGCUCCUUGCUUGAGAUAGGCAGACCAGACUUUGAAGUGCAGGUAACUAGAGCCCCUAAGGAUGUGAUUGUAUUGAUUCACUUGUAUCAAGAUCACAUUCCAGAAAGUGUCAUCUUGAAUAGACUACUGACUGAAAUCGCUCCCAGACAUCCUUAUGUCAAGUUCAUCAAGAUUGUAGCAAAUAAAUGCAUUGAGAACUACUUAGACAUUGAUGUUCCAGGACUUCUCUUCUAUAAGAACGGAGAUUUGCUAGAUAAGAUUAUCCCAGCAGCUCCAGUAUUCGGCGGAAAGCACAUGACUAAGGACACUGUCGAGUUUGUAUUGGCUAUGAAGUUGAUUAUCGAUAUGGAAUUCGAUGAGGAUCCAAGAAUCAAGCUUAAGCAAUUCAACAUGAGUACUAAGAAGAAGGCCGGCAAAAAGAACGAAGAUGAAAGUGAUAGUGAUGAAAAUGAGGAUAGAGAAUAUACCAAUACUCAAAUGUUUAGAUACAAGCACUGA